AAUAUUCUUAAAUAAAUUACAAGGAAAUCAUCAUCAAAAAAAGAAAUACAUUCUAUCCGUCUAACAAAAAAUAAAGGAACAGACAAGUCUAAUCCAUAAAAUAGAACUAUACUAAAAAUGAGCAUUUCAAAUAACUUUAAUGAAUAAUUUCAAGAAGAUGAAACUAUCUUAGAAGAAAAUAUUGCUUAUAAACAAAGACAAUAGUAACGCCAACUUUUAUUACAAAAAGUGUAAGAUUCCAUGAAUACCAUCAAAAAUAAGGAAUAUAGUGAAUUUAUUAAGCUUAAGGAAUAUGUUUUUGGAUUGUAUUUAUUCUUUGAAAAUGAUUGGAAAGGCUUCUCUGAAGAAGCUGACUUAGAAAUUGGCAAUUGCUAUAAAUUUUGUAUUAAUAAACUAAAUAUAUUCAAAAAUAUCCUCAGAUCUUUCUUCGGAUAUAUGAAGAAUAAAGGAGAUGACAUUGUAAUAGAGUGCUUAGACUCUUUUCAAAAACCUAUUUAGAAGGUUAAAAAGUAAUUUAUUCGCUUUUCUGAAAGACAUCCUGCUAACAAUAAAUCAAUGCAGGUACUUUUCGAAUAUAGCAGAUACGGUCGCUAAUUCGAAUACUUUCUCAAUUUUUAUGCCAUCGAUUGGUUAAUUAAAAGCAAAGUUAAAGAUGUUGUUCCUCACUUACUCUCUAUAUUUUUCCUUCUUCGUUGUUUCUAAACUCCCUAAUUGAAAGAUUUGCUUAAGGUAUACAAAAAAACAAAGAAAAUUACAUUACCAAGAAAGGUACGUAAAUCAAAAACUGACUCUAAAUUAAACAUAAAAGAAGAAAUUAAAUGCGAAGAGGCUACAAGCAUGCAAUAAAUCGACUCAUACAAUCUCUCUACUGAUUCGUAUAAUGGAGCUGAAGAUAGCAAAAUUGCCACCUAUAAUAAUAUAAAUGAAUCUCAUUCAACUACCUCAUCUCAUUCUACUAAUUACUAAUAAAAUAUUUAUUACUCUCUCUUCCCCUUAAAACAAAACUCUCUUGAAAAUAAUUAACACUUCUCUUCUUGUUAAAAAAACGAUCUUUAAGAAAACAUAGAAUACCUAUCUACUGAAUAAAUUAAUUCAAACCAAUUAUUUCUAUCAAGAAACAAUUCAUAAUAUUAAGUCUAAUCUAAUGCUAACAAUUGCGAAAAUCAUUCAGAAAUCGAUUAUCUCAAUAAUAUGCUCGAUUUUUGA